UUGGAACAAGUGCGCAAAGAAACCAGACGCAUACUAGGCGCCGGAGUCGACAGACAUCUCGGCAGCUGUCCUCGAAGUUGAUCCCUUGCAUUCCCUACUUGAGAUCGGGGUUCCAAAUAUUCCUUGCGUGUUCCGGGCGCUACUGCAGGAUGGGACUCGCAGAUAGGCAGGUGACUCCAACUAGUCCUUUAUGGAUCCUUGCUAACAGGUAUGUGCUGUUUUUCCGUAGAGGUGGUCUCCCGCUCGAAAGAAGAUCACCUUGAUCCAGUACCCCGGGCGGCCUACUGGGCCCUCCCCGUGAUCGUGAGGAUGGUGUGUCUGCGAAGGGACAUGGGGGAUCCCGUGGAUGUAUCAGACUCAACUGCUUUGAUUGGGGAUGAGAUCCCACCAAUGCGAAUCAUGUCUGUGGAUCUGAGACACCUCCCAAGGGUGCUUCAGGACUACCACGUUCGGUUUACCCAGCUUGUGGCUGAGAUGAAGCGCAGCGGCGCCCCGGACAAGGAGGCGCAUCACCUGUCCUUCUCACCGCUCCCCGACGACUAUUACCGAGCAGCCGAUGAGGAAUCGGAUACGAUGGCCCUGGCCAUUGCCAAGGCGGUGGACAGGGGUGACAGAGGGCAAGCUACACCAGCCUGCGUCCACAUAUCUUACUCUUGACAAGUUCAGGGGUUGCCAGUUCCAUUUAGUCUCCUUAGUAUCGACAGAAGAGAAUACAACGAACCGACUCAGUCGGACCGGAAGGACUACAAAGGGUCCGUAACCUUCUCUCUUUCCCUGGUCGAUACCGACCCUGGUCUCUGGAC